CUACAGGAAGCAAGGCACAUCAUGUACGUUGAUUCCUGCCCUCUACUUCUUUCCCUUUCUUUCCUUUCCGAAGAUUCCGGUGACUAGAGCUAUACUAAUGGCCCUCCCUUCGAUAGAGAUUUACCGGCCCCCAGAUCCUCCGCUUCCAGAGAAAAUACCCAGAAGUAUACAAAAAGACCUCUCGAAUCUCACUCGUCUCCUCCUUCCUCGCAUCCCUUUUCCUGGGCCACAUCGCCCCUUUUGACAUUUCUGACGUCUGCGGUAUGAACCUUUGGAACAUCAAGCAAGGCGCCUACGACGAGAAGCUCCUGCAACUCUGUGCCGGCCCCUCUGGCGUGGAAGACCUCAAGCGUAAGCUCGGUGCCGUCCCCGAAGAUGGCGGCAUCAACCUAGGCCAAAUCGACCGCUACUACAUAGAACGCUACGGCUUCAGCUCAGACUGCACCAUCAUCCCCGCAACAGGUGACAACCCAGCCACCAUCCUGGCUCUGCCACUGCGUCCCUCCGACGCAAUGGUCUCCCUGGGCACCUCAACCACCUUCCUCAUGUCCACUCCCAACUACAUGCCCGAUCCAGCCACACAUUUCUUUAACCACCCCACCACAGCGGGCCUGUACAUGUUCAUGCUCUGCUACAAGAACGGCGGCCUGGCCCGCGAACAGAUCCGCGAUGCCAUCAACGAUAAACUAGGAAUGGCCGGGGACAAAGACCCAUGGGCUAACUUCGACAAGACCACACUGGAAACGGCGCCCAUGGGUCAGAAGAAGGAUUCUGAUCCAAUGAAGAUGGGCCUCUUUUUCCCUCGGCCGGAGAUCGUCCCGAACCUGCGAGCUGGACAGUGGCGCUUUGAUUAUAACCCUGCUGAUGGUAGUCUGCAUGAGACGAAUGGUGGGUGGAACAAGCCGGUCGAUGAGGCUCGUGCUAUCGUCGAGAGCCAGUUCCUUUCCCUUCGCUUGCGCUCUCGCGGUCUUACCACUAGUCCUGGACAGGGUAUGCCAGCUCAGCCACGACGGGUGUAUCUUGUCGGUGGUGGAUCGAAGAAUAAGGCGAUUGCCAAGGUGGCGGGUGAGAUCCUCGGUGGAAGUGACGGUGUAUAUAAGCUAGAGAUUGGCGAUAAUGCCUGUGCGCUGGGAGCGGCCUACAAGGCUGUCUGGGCUUUGGAGAGGAAGAAUGGACAGACGUUUGAGGAUCUCAUUGGGCAGAGGUGGAGGGAAGAAGAUUUCAUCGAGAAGAUUGCAGAUGGAUAUCAGAAGGGCGUAUUCGAGAGGUACGGGGCUGCCGUUGAGGGAUUCGAGAAGAUGGAAUUGCAGGUUCUGAAACAGGAGGGUGAGACGCGGUGAUCUCUCUCUUUCCUCUUCCUUUAUAGAAAAAGCGUCUAUGGAUCUCUUCAUGAAAUUAUUGCCUUUAAUGACUCUGCGAUCUUGGAUGGUUUGCAUUGGUUUCCUUUUUCUUUCUGGAUUCAGUUAGUACCCUAUAUAGUUCGCUUAUAUACAAAAUAAACCAAAAGAAUGAAUAGU